AAAUAUAUUUUUUCCUUUUAACUGUUGUCUUUUGUGGCGAUGUCCAAGUCGUCACGGAUUUCCAAGUUGCCUCCUGUUGGCUCCUCGUCCGUAUCCUCCAUUUCCGGUAGUGAAUCGGGACAAAGUUUGGCGGACAUGUUGCACGUGACCCAGGUGCAAACUUCUGAGGCGGACGAACCCCAGUUCUUUUUCCACAAAGAUCCACUUACGAAAUCAUAUUCAGAUCUGCAGAAGAAGGUAAAUGAACCCGAUUUGGACGAGGAAGUGCCAGAUAGUCCACCCUAUGUGGCAAUGGUCAGCAAUUUGCCAAUGGAGUGCACCGAGCGGGAGUUGAACAAGGUAUUUACCAACUUUGCGGUCCGUUCCCUAACUAUUCCAAAAAAGGGAAAGCGACCCAAGGGAUUUGCCUACGUGGAGAUGGAUUCCCGUGAGGAUCUGAUAGGGCUGCUUAAGCUCGAAAAGCCCAAGUGCCGUGGUCGCUGCUUGAUGAUAAAAGUAAAUCAAGAUCCGCAGACCCCAAUAAAGGGGGGUGGCGAUGCCCAUUUUACUCCAGUAUCCAGCAGCGAAUUCGAUGUGAACUCCGCUCACUAUUCAGCAAGUGUCAGUGACCUCAGUGCCAUUGAUUCGCCCUCCAGUGAAGGUGAAUCUCCCCCCUGGGCGCCCAGUGAAUCGUCCUUUUUCGGCAGGGACACUCCCAUCACCCGGAAACCGAGUAGUGCUGAGGAACUGGAACGCCGUAUGGAGCUGCGUCUUCAGAAACUAGCCGAAUUCGAGAAUGCUGAAUCGGAGAGGGCCCAGAACGGAAACCAGGAUGAUCAGGACUCAGUCAGCAUGUCCUGGAGUGAAGUCCUCAGCGAGACCAGAAAGAGUGAGGGAAUUUAGUUGUUGCUUUCUAAGACUUCCUUUAUUUGUUUGAGAUUAUAUAGCAAGUGAAAAUGAG